GUCGUGAUAUCACUCCUAUUACAGCAUAUAUAGACUUGCCGUGGUCGGGGCAAUGUUUACUGGACAUCUCAAACUAAACAGGUAAACAUCGAUUCCUUUAUGUAAUGUUUAGAGAGGUACCUACAUGGCUACCUGCAUGUGUAACUGCACCGGGAAGUGACUCGCUGCCGCAGCAGGGAGCGAGUAAUUACAGGCUAUUGUUAUUGCUGGUGUAACUACAACUGUUCGGUGUUUGUUUACAGGUAACAAUGGUGUCCAAAUAUUUUUUGCUGUUUUUAAUUCCGGCGCUCGUCGAGUGUCGGAUAUCAGUGAAGAUAACAGCCGCGACCUCUGAAGCGGAGGCGGAGGUGGAGUACGGCGGCGAGAAUGUGGAGAUCAUCAGCGACCGCGAGCGAGAGACCUUCGACAUCGGAGACCGCAGCCUCAAGCGAGCCGUCGAGAAGUUCGCGGACGCCGCGCCCACUGACGUGUACGUCCGGAGCCCCACGCCGUGGAACGAUGUCUACAAGACUUACAACUGGGAACAAGUGAAGAGGAUCCUUAAGCCCGUCAGAACGAGGAUCCUGGGAGUGCACACAAAGCCUGUGAUCGUAGCGACGCGGGAGUUUGAGAACCACAGCGGUGUCAAGGCCAAAUACAACGCCGCCAUCAAGCAGGAGAUCCAGGAGACCGUGUCCAACACGUGGUCGGUCGGCGGCGAGCUGACGGUGGGCCAGGAGAUCGAGUACAGCGUCAACUUCGCCGCGGGCAGCGCCGGGGGGAAGACUAGUCUGUCGUACGCGGCCAGCUGGGGCAACGACACGACCAAGGAGAAGUCGGCCACGCUGGGCUCGUCCACGGGCGUGGAGGUGGAGCUGGCCCCGGGGCAGGCCGUGGUGGCCUCGCUCACGGCCACGCAGGGCACGCUGGACAUCGAGGUGCAGUACGAGGCGCGCCUCGAGGGCGUGGUCUUCGCCAACUACCGCAACAAGUACCGCGACCACUACUUCUGGGCCUUCCCCGUCACGUCGGUGCAGGUCGCGGGCGGCCUGCCGCGGACCGUCAGCUCCACCGAGAAGAUCUCCAUCGGCUUCUACACCAGCGCGCGCGUCGACAUCAAGGACAAGGUCACCACGGGCCGCAUCAAGCAGGCCCCGGCCGGCUUCAUCUAACUCGACCGUGCACUGCUUUCAGCUCUCAUAAUGCUAUAAUUUUAUUUGCUCACCAGAUGGCGCUAAUCUAUCAAUAGGUCAGUUUAUCCAAUCACUAGCUGCCAA